CAAAAGAGAGAAAGAAAGAAAGAAAGAAAGAAAGGCGAGAACCAGCCGAGCCUGUUAGGGGCGCGUCCACGCGAGCCCAGCAGGGGGCGCGCAGGCGAAGGGCGGGGAAGGAGGAGGAGGAGGAGAGAGCAUCUCUUUCAGAGACCUAGGCAGUCACCUUCUUCUUUGUUCGCCGUCCCUGCCCUCCUGGGAACUCCUGGGCCGCCCGCAUUGGAAUUGGUGUUUGGCAACUUAUAGAAAACCCUAAUCAUCUUUUGGGACCACUGCUAUGAGUUAACAAGUAUAUUGGGAUUUUCAGGAUAUUGUUUUGAACCUCCUUGCUGACAAUGUCUACUCCUGAUCCUCCAAUGGGGGGGACGCCUCGUCCGGGGCCUUCUCCGGGGCCUGGACCUUCUCCUGGUGCUAUGCUGGGCCCCAGUCCUGGACCAUCUCCGGGAUCUGCACACAGCAUGAUGGGCCCCAGCCCGGGACCUCCAUCUGCAGGGCACCCCAUACCACCUCAGGGGCCCGGAGCUUAUUCUCAGGACAACAUACACCAGAUGCAUAAGCCAAUGGAGUCCAUGCAUGAAAAGGGAAUAUCUGAAGACCCUCGUUACAGCCAAAUGAAAGGCAUGGGAAUGAGGGCUGGUGGACACUCAGGAAUGGGGCCUCCUCCAAGCCCAAUGGAUCAGCAUUCUCAAGGUUACCCUUCUCCACUUGGUGGUUCUGAGCAUGCAUCAAGUCCAGUCCCAGCUAAUGGCCCUUCCUCUGGCCCCCAGAUGCCCUCUGGCCCUGGUGGAGUUCCAUUAGAUGGUACUGAUCCCCAAGCAUUAGGACAGCAGACUCGGGGCCCCACUCCUUUUAACCAGAAUCAGCUGCAUCAAUUGAGAGCUCAGAUCAUGGCCUACAAGAUGCUUGCCAGAGGGCAGCCCUUACCAGAUCAUCUUCACAUGGCAGUGCAGGGAAAAAGACCCAUGCCGGGAAUGCAGCAGCAAAUGACAACUCUACCUCCACCAUCUGUAUCUGGAACAGGACCAGUGCAAGGCCCAGGCCCUGCACCUGGACCGACGCCUCCAAACUACAACAGACCUCAUGGUAUGGGAGGGCCUAACAUGCCUCCUCCUGGACCCUCAGGAGUUCCUCCAGGAAUGCCCGGACAGCCCCCUGGGGGACCCCCAAAGCCCUGGCCUGAAGGACCAAUGGCAAAUGCUGCAGCCCCUACUAGCACACCUCAGAAACUGAUUCCUCCUCAGCCAACCGGCCGCCCUUCACCAGCACCUCCAGCGGUACCUCCAGCAGCAUCCCCUGUAAUGCCUCCCCAAACUCAGUCACCUGGGCAGCCAGCCCAACCUGCCCCAAUGGUGCAGCUCCAUCAGAAGCAGAAUCGUAUUACUCCCAUUCAGAAGCCAAGAGGACUUGACCCUGUGGAAAUUCUUCAAGAGCGAGAAUACCGACUACAAGCUCGUAUUGCUCACAGAAUCCAAGAACUUGAAAACCUUCCUGGGUCCCUGGCUGGUGACCUGAGAACCAAAGCUACCAUUGAACUUAAAGCACUACGAUUGCUUAAUUUCCAGAGACAGCUGCGUCAAGAAGUGGUGGUAUGCAUGAGAAGGGAUACUGCUCUGGAGACGGCACUGAAUGCCAAGGCUUAUAAACGUAGCAAGCGACAGUCCCUGAGGGAAGCUCGCAUCACUGAGAAGCUGGAAAAACAGCAGAAGAUCGAACAAGAACGAAAACGCCGGCAAAAACAUCAGGAGUACCUCAAUAGCAUUCUCCAACAUGCCAAGGAUUUCAAAGAAUAUCACCGAUCUGUCACUGGCAAGAUUCAAAAGCUUACAAAGGCUGUGGCCACAUAUCAUGCCAAUACAGAGCGUGAGCAAAAGAAAGAGAACGAGAGAAUUGAGAAGGAAAGAAUGCGCAGGUUGAUGGCUGAAGAUGAAGAAGGGUACCGUAAGCUUAUUGAUCAAAAGAAAGACAAACGCUUAGCCUACCUACUUCAGCAGACAGAUGAAUAUGUGGCUAACCUCACAGAGCUGGUGAGGCAGCACAAAGCUGCACAAGUUGCAAAGGAGAAGAAGAAGAAAAAGAAAAAGAAGAAGCCUGAAAUUGCAGAAGGGCAAACACCAGCAAUUGGACCAGAUGGUGAACCCUUAGAUGAAACCAGUCAAAUGAGUGACCUUCCUGUGAAAGUUAUCCAUGUAGAGAGUGGGAAAAUCCUUACUGGAACAGAUGCCCCGAAGGCAGGACAACUGGACACCUGGUUGGAAAUGAAUCCUGGAUAUGAAGUAGCGCCUAGAUCUGAUAGUGAAGAAAGUGGAUCAGAGGAGGAGGAAGAGGAGGAAGAAGAGGAACAGCCACAGCCUGCUCAGACUGCUUUACCUGUGGAAGAAAAGAAAAAGAUUCCAGAUCCAGAUAGUGAUGAUGUAUCAGAAGUAGAUGCAAGGCAUAUUAUUGAGAAUGCUAAGCAAGAUGUUGAUGAUGAGUACGGUGUGUCCCAAGCCCUGGCAAGGGGGUUGCAGUCUUACUAUGCUGUGGCUCAUGCAGUCACUGAAAGAGUGGAUAAACAGUCCACACUUAUGGUGAACGGUGUCCUGAAACAGUAUCAGAUAAAAGGUUUAGAAUGGCUAGUGUCACUGUACAAUAAUAACCUAAAUGGAAUCCUGGCAGAUGAAAUGGGUCUGGGUAAAACAAUCCAGACCAUUGCUUUAAUUACAUACCUCAUGGAGCACAAGCGUAUCAAUGGACCCUUCCUCAUUAUAGUACCUCUGUCAACUCUCUCGAAUUGGGCAUAUGAAUUUGAUAAGUGGGCUCCUUCUGUAGUUAAGGUCUCAUAUAAGGGCUCUCCAGCUGCAAGGCGGGCAUUUGUACCUCAGCUUCGAAGUGGAAAAUUUAAUGUUUUGCUCACUACAUAUGAAUACAUCAUCAAAGAUAAGCACAUUCUUGCAAAAAUCCGUUGGAAAUACAUGAUUGUUGAUGAAGGCCACCGGAUGAAGAACCACCACUGCAAACUGACCCAGGUCCUGAACACACACUACAUAGCUCCACGGCGUUUGCUUCUGACUGGGACCCCACUACAGAAUAAGCUCCCAGAACUGUGGGCUCUGCUUAAUUUCCUCCUUCCAACUAUCUUCAAAAGUUGUAGCACAUUUGAACAGUGGUUUAAUGCUCCAUUUGCCAUGACUGGAGAAAAGGUUGAUUUGAAUGAAGAAGAAACAAUUCUCAUUAUUCGUCGUUUGCACAAAGUAUUGCGUCCUUUCCUGCUAAGAAGAUUAAAGAAGGAGGUCGAAGCACAGCUGCCUGAAAAAGUAGAAUAUGUGAUUAAAUGUGAUAUGUCUGCGUUGCAAAGGGUACUUUAUAGACAUAUGCAGGCCAAAGGAGUACUGCUUACAGAUGGGUCUGAAAAAGACAAAAAGGGCAAAGGUGGUACAAAAACACUGAUGAACACUAUUAUGCAGCUGAGGAAGAUCUGCAACCAUCCUUACAUGUUUCAGCACAUUGAGGAAUCCUUUUCUGAGCACUUAGGCUUCACUGGAGGCAUUGUGCAAGGACUUGACCUGUACCGUGCUUCAGGAAAGUUUGAACUCCUGGACCGGAUUCUUCCCAAGUUACGAGCCACCAACCACAAGGUGCUACUGUUUUGUCAGAUGACCUCCCUCAUGACCAUAAUGGAAGACUAUUUUGCUUACCGUGGCUUCAAAUACCUCAGGCUAGAUGGGACCACUAAAGCAGAAGAUCGUGGCAUGCUGCUGAAAACCUUCAAUGAGCCGGGCUCUGAAUAUUUCAUUUUUCUGCUGAGCACUCGAGCAGGUGGCUUAGGACUAAACUUGCAGUCUGCUGAUACUGUGAUCAUUUUUGACAGUGACUGGAAUCCUCACCAGGACUUGCAAGCCCAGGAUCGUGCUCAUCGGAUUGGGCAGCAAAAUGAAGUCCGUGUGCUGCGCCUCUGUACUGUGAACAGUGUGGAAGAAAAGAUCCUUGCUGCAGCCAAGUAUAAGCUGAAUGUAGACCAGAAGGUUAUCCAGGCUGGCAUGUUCGAUCAGAAAUCCUCCAGCCAUGAAAGAAGAGCUUUCCUUCAGGCAAUCUUAGAACAUGAGGAACAGGACGAGACCAGAUACAGCACGGGCAGCGGCAGUGGCAGCGCAAGCUUUCCCCACACUGCCUCAACCCUGUGCCUCAACUCCGACUUGGAGGAGCCACCUUUAAAGGAGGAAGAUGAAGUUCCUGAUGACGAAACAGUAAACCAGAUGAUUGCUCGAAAUGAGGAAGAGUUUGAUCUUUUUAUGCGUAUGGACUUGGAUCGCAGGCGCGAAGAAGCCCGCAAUCCAAAGCGAAAGCCACGUCUAAUGGAAGAGGAUGAAUUGCCAUCUUGGAUCAUUAAAGAUGAUGCUGAGGUGGAAAGACUUACAUGUGAAGAAGAGGAAGAGAAAAUGUUUGGGCGAGGUUCACGUCACCGUAAGGAAGUGGACUAUAGCGACUCGCUGACUGAGAAGCAGUGGCUCAAGGUAUACAUGGCCAUUGAAGAAGGCACCCUGGAGGAGAUUGAGGAGGAGGUGCGCCAGAAGAAGUCUUCUCGCAAACGCAAGAGGGAUGUGGAUGUCAGCUCAUCUACCCCAACCACCAGCACACGCAGCCGGGAAAAAGACGAGGACAGCAAGAAGCAGAAGAAGCGUGGCAGGCCUCCCGCAGAGAAGCUCUCUCCAAAUCCGCCCAACCUCACCAAGAAAAUGAAGAAGAUAGUUGAUGCUGUGAUCAAAUACAAGGACAGCAGCAGUGGACGCCAACUCAGCGAAGUCUUUAUUCAACUCCCUUCCCGUAAGGAGCUUCCAGAGUACUAUGAACUAAUUCGCAAGCCAGUGGAUUUCAAGAAGAUAAAGGAGCGCAUCCGGAACCAUAAGUACCGCAGCCUAAAUGAUCUGGAGAAGGAUGUCAUGCUGUUGUGUCAGAAUGCACAAACAUUCAACCUUGAAGGCUCUUUGAUUUAUGAGGACUCCAUUGUGCUGCAGUCUGUCUUUACUAGCGUGAGACAGAAAAUUGAAAAAGAAGAAGACAGUGAGGGUGAAGAAAGUGAAGAGGAAGAGGAGGCAGAAGAGGAAGGAUCUGAAUCAGAAUCUCGUUCUGUCAAAGUGAAGAUUAAGCUGGGCAGAAAGGAGAAAGCACAAGACCGGAUGAAGGGCCGCAGACGUACCAGCCGUGGGUCCCGGGCCAAACCAGUAGUUAGUGAUGAUGAUAGUGAGGAAGAGCAAGAAGAGGAUCGCUCAGGAAGUGGCACAGAAGAUGACUGACAUUCCAUGGCACAAACCUCAAGCAUCAGUCUUUCUAAAGCUGAGAUGCUCAAUUCCUUUAGCUGCGACGGGUAGCAAGAAGCAUAGUGUCAGAUGUGGGUAAACUGUAUAAAAUUCUUCCAUAUUUAUACUGCAGUGAAGAUGUGGGACUUGUUUGUGUCUUGCCUUGUCCUCACAUCAGUAGCAUUUGUAACAUCAUUAACUGUUUUAAAGAAAAGAAUUAUGAAUUGGGGAACACUUUGAUACACACACACACACAUAUAUAUAUAUUCUUUUUAUGGCAGUCCUAUUUUCUGUUGUAGUAUUGAAUCACUGUAGUUUUAACCUGUGGGUGCAUGUGUGUAGCAGUCCACUUCCCAGUACUGUAUUUUAUGAAACAGAUUGAAUGGCCAGCUGCCCACCAAGCCAGGAGGGGUAGCAGUGGCAACUGUGUCAGUGUCACUGGAUUUCAGACAGUAAUAAAUUAAGCAAAACAAAUUCUCAA